GAUGAUGAUGAUGAUGCUUGGGAGCCACUUCCGCAGAUUUCACCCGCAGAUGCCUUAGAAUGCCUAUAUAAACUUCGUCUUUUUGAGGAGCAGCAGGCAGAUUAUGAUGAGCGCCUUAUCCAGCAUCUUAUGAGGCAUGAGAGGGUUCAUUUGCAGAGGAUGAUGCAUAAGAAGCAGCAGACUGAUAUCCGAACGUCUUUAGGCGGUGGAAAAAAAGUUGAUAUCAGCAAUACAGAUGGCCUGCUGAAUUAG